GAAGUUCUUCUCUUGUCCUGGAAGAGGAACGUAGGUCGUCCUGACGGUCGACAUUUUGCUACUUUCUGGGAUAAAUAAACAGCGUUAGGUAGGUUUUGGGGCAACUUUGUUGUCCUCGAAGUUGCUCUUUGUCCCCUGACAGUUAAACGCUGUAAUCAUGUGGUAUGAAAUUCUGCCCGGACUCGGCGUCAUGGCCGUGUGUCUGAUCAUUCCCGGUGUCGCCACCGCGCAGAUCCACAAGUUCACUAACGGAGGAAAGGAGAAAAGGAUUGCUCGGGUUCCGUGGCAGUGGUAUCUCAUGGACAGAGAUAAGCGAGUGUCAGGAACCGGACGCCACUUUGACUCCAAGGGACUUGAGAACAUUCACUGACGAGGAACCCGGAGAGACCCAAGAGAAGAAAGUUCUUUGUUGUACAUUAAAAGAUUAUAUUUAACAUUCAGCUGUUUGUGUUUUUCAGUCUUUUAAGAUGGGUGAUUAAACUCUUCCACACACUGGGAA